AUGGUUAAGAGUUUAAGAAAAGAAAAGUCUGGUCAUGAAAAAAUUUUAAAGAAGAGAAAAGAGCUAGCUUUAAAGGAAUCACAAAGAGGAGCUUUAAAUAGAUUUCUUGUUAAGAUUGCACCUAUAAUAGUUCCACAUUCAACUGAAAAUAAAAACGUUGCUCCCAGUUUGGACCAUAAUGAAAUAGAAAACGAUCCCAACCUCAUUGAUAAUGACCGUGAAGAAGUGCCUAACAUAGUUGUCAGCGAAAAUGAAGAGAUUUCUGAUACGGAAGAUGAUGGUAGACUUGGUAGUGAUGACGUAGAAUCUGAAGAGUCUUUUCGAACUAAGUUUUUCUUGCAGAUUGUUGAUCAAGCUAUUAGUUCACUUGAAAGACGGUGUGGCGACAUAUUCGGUUUCUUGUUUAGUUCGGAUACUUUGAACUCAAUGGAUGAUGAUCAUUUGAAAGCUCGUUGUGAUAAUCUUGAAGCUUCCCUAAGACACGAGGAAGCGUCGGAUAUUGAUGUAAACGAUUUGUUUGCCGAGUUGAAAGUUUUACGUAAAGUAUUACCAAGGGAAAUAACCACAGCAGUUGGUAUAUUUAACUUCUUAAAACGUCAAGAUAGCUUUCCGAUUACAUCUAUUGCAUAUAAAGUACUCUUAGCAAUUCCAGUUACAGUAGCAUCGGCAGAAAGAAGCUUUUCAAAAUUAAACAUAUUGAAGUCGUUUUUGCGUACUACCAUGGCCCAAGAAAGACUCAAUGGGUUGGCUAUGAUAUCGAUUGAGCAUGGUUUUUUUGACGACGUUGAUAUCGAUUCCUUAGUCGAUGAUUUUGCAGCAGUGAAUUCAAGACGGCUAAAUUUCCAUCGAUGA